AUGGAGCAAGAUGCUGAGGGGUACUUCAAGAUCUGGAAGCCCGAACACGCGCAAACAGACCAAGAAGAACUUGCGCAGAACAUUGAGGCCAGAAAAGAGGGACACGCUGUGCUGGCUCUGCAAUACUACAAUCUGAUCACCGAUGUGUUCCAAUGGAUGGGCCGAAUGUCUGGCCACCUCUGCCGGCUGUCACCCACCGAACCUAUCGAGCAUUCCGUCAUCCGCCAUGAACAAUACCUUGCUCAUCGAGUCAACAUCCAAGAAGGCCAAAAAGUGAUCGAUGUGGGCUGUGGCAUUGGCGGACCGGCUCGAGCGAUAGCCCGCUUCACCGGGGCCAAUAUCACUGGCGUCAAUCUGAACCCAUAUCAGAUUCGUCAGGCGCGCCAGUUCACCCAGGAAGCCGGACUGGGCUACCAGGUGAACUUCGUCAAUGAGAACUUCUUGCACAUGCCAUUCGAAGACAACACCUUCGACGCAGGCUACGCCAUCGAAGCCACCUGUUACUCACCUAAUCUCGUCGAUGUCUACCGCGAGGUGUUCCGGGUCCUCAAACCUGGUGCGACCUUUGGCUUGUACGAGGUCGUGAUGACGGACAAAUACGACGACAAGGACCCCGCUCAUCGGGAGGUUCGCCACAUGAUCGAGCGCGGCGGUGGUGUUGCCCACGUGUACUCGGCCGCCGAAGCCAUUGCAGCCAUCAAGGAGGCUGGGUUUGAGUUGCUGGAAGUUGAUGAUUUGGCGAGCAGACCGGACCAGAUCCCCUGGGAGAAACAACUGUCUAAUCCGCUCGUUGCGCAUACCAGUUGGUCCUCGCUUGCCGUGCUGAGCUUCUUCUACUUUGCUCGUGCUUCGAAGUGGGGCAACAGCAUGGUCCAGUCGCUUGUCAGCAAGCUGGAAGGAAUGAACAUCUUGCCCACUGGCUCUUCCAAGGUUACGGAUCUGGUCGUGACUAUUCUUGACGGCAUGUACAAGGGCGGUGAGAUGAAGAUCUUCUCACCUAUGUUUUUGAUGGUGGCACGGAAGCCGGUCGCCAAGGAGAGAUCUGAUUAA